UUCUUCGAAAUUUAUCACCAGAUCAACAUUUAGCUAUUGGAAAAGCACUUGCACCAUUAAGAAAAGAGCAAAUAUUAAUUAUUGGCUCAGGUUCAUCUGUACAUGGAUUUGAUGUAACAGAACAACAAUCUGAUGCAUUUAUGAAUGAAUUAAUUAAGACUCUUACGCAAUAUGAUGAACAUGAGCGUGAAAAAGUUUUACUUAAUUGGGAUCGAGUUUUACCUUAUGCACGAUUAAAUCAACCUCGUGAAGAUCAUUUUAUACCUUUACAUGUUAUUGUUGGUGCAGCUGGUUCUGAUCGUGGACAAGUAUUAAAUCCAAAUGUAUCAACUUCACAAGCUUCUUUUAAAUUCGGUGUUUAA